CAUUUAGUUUAUUUUGUUGUGGACUCGAUGCUUGACCGCACUAUUUUAUUAAUUAAAACUGCGGUUAUAAGCGAAAUUUGCCUUCAAAUGCAAUGAUAUUCACUUCCUAGUAGACACUUAACUAAAUAUAUAUAUAUAUAUAUGUGUUAGUUUGAAUAAUGGACAGAGGAAAGAUGCCUUCAGCGGGUCGAGGAGCUAAGAGCAAGGCUCCGCAGCACCCACAAGAUAUCUUCGCGUUGGGCAGUAAGUCCACCGUGGUGGUCUCCAGGGACCCUGAGAAGAGGAAUAUCCAUAAACCUUCUACCAGUGGUGUAGAACGCAAAAGAGAACCAUCAGGGUUUGGAAGCCAGCCGCCCAGCAAGCGGGCGAGGAUCGGCUCACCUGCCGAGGCAGUUGGAGGCACAUCUCUUGAAGUAGACCCGGUGGACCUGGUGCCUAAUGUUUUACAGGCUUUGGAUACACACAACUCUGACAAACUGUUAGGCCUGCUAACAGGCUCAAUACGUCUCCUCAAAUCCCAGCGCUCCAAACCAGACCCAAUACUAUGUAUGGGUCUUCUGUACCUAACUAAGAUCAGGCCGAAUAUGUUUGCGCAUGAGACGGUCACACAAAGUCUCUGUACGUUACUGAAGAGGGAACAGGGAGCUGCAUUCAAGAACAAGGGGAACCCACUUGUUUAUAUACUGGCGUGUAACAUGCUGUAUGCUGGACACAGGGAGAGCAAUAACUGGCCUGAUAUAUUUAUUAAGGUUUACAUAGAGGAUGCUCUGAAUGAGCGUUGCUGGGUGGAGUGUUCCUGGUGCAAAUGCUUCGUGGAGAAUGUGGUCACUGCGUUCAGCACAAAGCAGCCACCGUCACACCUCAUACCCACUGAUAACACCUUGGGUACCAUGUCUCCGUCAGGGUCCGGCUCCCCUCUAAUGGGCAGCACAGAGGAAGACCCGGACAACAUGGAGCUGGAAUACUCGGUGUAUCCAAGGUAUUCUAGUAGCUAUGAAGCGGUGGAGACACUAGUCCUGGAAGCCAUCAAGGAACAGAUCCAGCGACGGUCAGCAGCCCCCGACGCCAUCGGGAAGGGCUUCCUCAAGCUGCUGUCUGCCACGUGCGGCUUCCCCGAGAUCCGGAUGAUAUCAGCGUCUCGUCUCGAAGCGUGGCUGCAUUCCGGCAAGUUGUGGCGAUGUGCGCAAGAGUUGUUGGCGUACGUGUGUUGUAACUGCGACGCCUGCGGGCCCACGGCGGCCCGCGACCACGAGGUGCUGGCCCAGCUGGCCCGCAUGAGGCUCAAGACCAAACCACUGCAGGCGGCGUACCAGGCUUGUCUUAGAGAGAUGGUAUCGGACAGCCCGCCCCUGCUGCGCAGCGUGGUGACCCACACGAUCUACAACGAGCUGUCCAACGUGCGCUCGCCCAACAACAUGGCGGUGCUGGCCGCGCUCAUACAGGCGCAGCCCCAGCAGGUGCCCGCCGCCAUGGCAGACACUUACCAAGAGCUAGUUCUCCGUCCAGAAGACUACCUGCGCCCGCUGCGAGCGUUGACGCGCGAGGUGGUGCGGGCGGCGCGCGCUGACGCGGCCGCCUUACUGCCGCUCGCGCGAGCGCUGGCCCAGCCCCCGCCACACGAACCCCCGAACGAGGUCCGAGAGCGCGCGUUCUCGUCCCUGGCGGACCUGUUCUGCUGCUGCUGCCUGGUGACGGCGUCCCACAGCAAGCACCUGCCGGAGUACCGCCAGCAGAUCUGCGUCAUCCAGGCCUCCGCGCUCGGCUGGUUGCUGGACACCGCCAUGCCGCUCUACCGGCCCAGCAGACAUGAUUACCAACUGGCUCUUAAUAAGGAUUCUCCUAUCCUUGACGACUACAGCCUGAUUAUGGAUUCUGCUCCUGCUACCCAUGACGACACUGGUGAUAAAUUGGAUUUAGUAUUAGACGCUUUGGCUUACGAACCCGGCAUUCAGUCUGGACUUAGUAUCGACAAUGUUGAUUUGUUGAUGUUCGUGGAGCCAGCGGAGACGUACAGCAAGGUGGACAACUGGCCCCCGGAGUCUGAGCGUGCCGCCACCUACCGGCUGUGCUGCGAAGCUCCCCUCCCCCAGAACACGCUGCUCCGCGUCAUCUUCAUCGGCCUCUCCAAGGACAUCCCGGUGUCCCCGGCAGAAGUGUUCGAGCUGGUGGAACAGUUGGUGCGGCGCGCCUGCGCCCUGCCCGCCGAGGAGAACCCCCUGCAGGUGGACAAGCUGGAGGUCGCUGACUAUAUCUUCCAGUUGUGUCAGUUCAAUCCUCCUGAUAAUAUCACAUUGCCGGCUGGCUACACCCCCCCAGCGCUGGCCAUCACGUCGCUGUACUGGCGCGGCUGGAUCCUGCUGACGAUGCUGGCUGCCCACAACCCGCAGCAGUUCGCAGAGCGCGCCGCCGCCAUGUACCCCACGCUCAGGGCGCUCAUCGAGAUGUGUAUCACCAAUAAGCCGAGCAUAGAAUGGAGUAGCAGUAGCACUGCGGAGGCGGAACGCGCGGAGUCUGAGCGCGCCGCCAUACUGCAGCUGGAGAGCCACUUGGCCGCUGCCAGCAACGCCAAGCUGCCCGUCAACGAGCACAACUCCAGGCUGCUCAGCCAGCUGACGACCUUGGAACCUCUGGGACCUGCCAGGAAGCCUCCCCAAGCGAUCAUAGAGACGCUCCAAGCGAUGAGCUCUCAAAUGCGCCUGGGCAAGUUGCUGUGCCGGCAGCCUGCCUUACUGCUGGACCUGGUGGAGAGACACGGCACCAGGAGAGCCAUGCCCUGGCUGCAUCAACUUCUUAGGCACGACCAGCUCGAACUUAGCGUACUGCCAGUGCAGUGCCUAUGCGAGUUCCUGUCGGCGGGCGGGGCUGGGGGCGCGGGGGGCGAGGUGGGCAAGGCGGGCGAGCUGUGUGCCCACCUGCGGCGCACCGUGGCCGACUCGGAGGAGGGCGCGCGCGCCGUGCUGCACUACUACAUGGCCAGGCUGGCGCACACGCACGCACCCACGCGCGCCUCCGCCAACCGGGGUUUGAAGCUAGUGCUGCAAUCUUCAGACGAUGCGUCUGAAACUGAUUACAACGCUGACGUUAGUCCCGAAGAGUGGCUGGAGCUGGUGUGGCGUCUGCAGCACUGGGAGGCGGUGCGCGAGGACGUGGUGGCGCGCGUGCGGGCCGCCUGCGCCGUGGCCUGCGUGCCGCGCCACCUGGCCGCCUACCUCGCCUUCCUGCAGCACUACGUCGCAUGCACGCCCGCGCACGACCACACCGACCUCGUGCUCGACCUGAGCCAGGUGAUAAUGGAACGAGCGCAGGUGAUGAGCAACGUACUGGGCACGGGGGAGCGCUCCGAGCACGACGUGCACGACGCGCACGAACCACAAGUGCAAGAACUACAGCGUGCACAGCAUCGUGCACUAUACUCCAUCACCAAGAUACUCUAUGACUAUCUGCAGAAGGUCCGCAGCGGCGCGUCGUGCGAGGCGGGCGCGGGGUCAGCGUGGGCCUUCAGCGAGCGCGUGUCCGUCCAGUGGCCCAGCGGACGCACGGCGCGGAUGCACCUCAUGCUGGCACACGCAUACGUCAAGCUGCUCUGCAUCGGACCUUCCAUGUACGACACAAACCAGGAAAUGUACUCUUGGCUGAUGUCGGUAUGGGUGGGCAGCGAGGCCCCCGUGGCGUACACGGCGGCGGGGGCGGAGGCCUGCCUGCUGCCCGACUGGCUGCGACUGCACAUGGUGCGCUCCGCCCGGCCUCCGCUGCUGGAGGCUGGCAUGAGGGCCUUGCCUGCGCCCAAGCUGGCACUCUUCAUACAAACCUUCGGCAUGCCCGUGCCUGCUAUGAGUGCGCUGCUGAGCGCGCUGGACGCGUGCCCGAUGGGCGCGCUGUCCCGGCUGGGCGUGGAGCGCGCGUACAUGGCGCAGCUGCUGGGCGUGCAGCGCGCGCGCGGCGCCACCGGCGGACACGCCUUCGCCGCCACGCUGCGACUCACGCCGCUCGCCUACCCGCCCGACGACAUGCUAUUCGUAAAAGAGGAACUACCAAUGGAGGCGGAAGACGAAUGGGGCGGGGGCCCGAUGUCGAGCGCGGUGGUGGUGUGGCUGCGGGGGCUGGCGGGCAGCGCGGCGGGGGCGCCGGCCCUCGUGCGCCGCCCGGGCCACGCCGCGCCCUUGCUGCGGGCCCUGCUGCCGCAUCGCACGCCCGCCGUCAUGCAGGUGGCGGACACGCUGCUGGCGCAGUGCAAGCUGCUGGCGGGCCCCGUGGUGGCCGUGCUGCGCGCCAUGAUGCACAGCGGCGCGCUCGCGCCCGACCUCGACCUACAUCUGCCGCAACACGCCAACAAGCAACAGCUCAUCGCAGCUCUGGAAGCGGCGACGCCAAGCACGCUGGAAGCUCUGGGCAACCGCAUCAUAUCGAGCCAGGACCCUCGCGUUAUCGUGGACGUCAUCACACACAUACUCGAGAAGAAUCAGGAUGGACACUAUGAAUCCAAGAUAAAGCACGAGGACGGCAGUAUGGGUCCGGCGCACGUGUUCUCCCGCGGGGGGCUCGGCUGCGGCCUGCUGCUGGACUGGAUGUCCGAGCUGCAGAGGGAGGCACUCGGGCCCAGCGACCAGCGACAGCGACAGAUGCAACUAAUGUUCCGGUCGGGCUGCGCCCCCUGGCGGCCACUGCUGGUGACUCUAUUGGCACACCGCGCCUCCUGGAGGACCCUGCAUUACUGCCUCACCACGCUGCUAGAGCCUGAAGGUGAUUGGUCUCCGACUGCGGUGCUGGACUUUGCUGAGACGUUAGUGGAGAGUCCCCGCGUGUGGCAGGGCCGGGACAAGACCACGCCCAAACACUACGUGCCCGACGAUACGCUGCGACUCAACCACCGACAGCUGGGCGAGAUGGUGCGGCUGGUGGCGGCGGAGGCGCGGCAGACGGAGGCCGAGCGAGGGCCCGACGCGGCGCGGCGCCGGGCCGACGCCCGCCUGGCGCUGCUGCUGCGCGCCGCCCCCGCGCCCCCGCUGCUGCUGGCGCUGGCGGCCGCCGCGCGGGACCAACAUCCGCUACUGCUGCUACUGCUCUACAUGAAGGUCCCGAAGAUCCUGCCGCUGCUGCUGCAGUCGGAAGGGCGCAGCCGACCGCUGUCGCUGCUGGCGACGAGCCCCGAGCUGCGCAGCGCGGCCGCCAGCUCCACCAGCGCCACCGACAAGGUGUCGCACGCCCUGCUCACCGCCAUCGCCGCGCCACAUCUACAUACCAAGGAGUACUCGCAGAAACUGUGGCGCAUGGAGGCUGAGGUACGAGGAAUGUGGGCGCGAGUAGGCGGCGCGGGGUCUCGCGCUCUAGGGCUGGCCGCAGCCCUGCUGCGGGGCGCGGGCCCCCACCUGCGGCACCACUCGCACAUCCUGGCGGCGCUGGAGGUGCUGCCGGAGCAGGAGCUGUUCGCGGCCAGCAACGCGGCGGACGUGCACAGCAUCCUGGAGUGCUUCCUGGCGCUGGCGCGCGCGCAGCCCGCCGCCAGCCCGCUGCUGCACCGCGUGGCUGCCUUGCUGCGCCGGUACCUCGCCUGCAGGCCCGCGCCCGCCGCCGCGCUGCUGCACCAGCAUAGGGACACCAUCGCCAACACGCCGGCAUUAGCGUCCCUGCAGGCGGCGGACGUGAGCGCCCCUGCGUCGGCGGCGCCGCCCCCACUGGCCCUGCAGGCGCUGCAGCGACGGUACGACACGCCCGACAACCUGCACUGGCUGCUGCAGGAGAUCGAGGCGUGGGGCUCCCGGCGCGGCGGUGCGUGGGGGGGCGCGGGGUGGGCGGCGCAGGUGUUGCGCUGCGCGGCGCCGCACGCGGCCGCUGCGCACGCGCCGCUGCGCAACACUGCGCUGGCGCUGCUCGCCAAGCUACUGCCCGCCGUCACCGACACCACGCCCGGUCUGCAAGCUGUACUGGAAUGCUUAGACUCUCACCAGCCUGAAGUGACCCAGUCACUGCUGGACAAGCUGCCAGAGCUGUUAGUGGGCAUGCAGGAGCAUGCUGCUAAGAUCCUGAUGCGAGUGUUCGAGUUAGGGCUCAAGUCGCGGCACCCCGUGGAGCCCUGCAUCGCUAAGUGUGUCACCACCAUUAACUUGCAUCGAGGAUGCUAAUUUGGAGGAUUAAUACGACCAGAGACAAGAGGAAAAUCUUUCCAAGGAGCAAAAAAUAUAUACUAAGGAAUGAAAGAGAAAGAAACUGAUAGUUUCUUUGUGUGAGCGAGAGAUAAGUAUAAUUGUUCUGAUGCAAAAUCCGAGCAGUUAACUAGCCUUGUACAUGUGAUCAGCAUGACAAAUAUAAAAUGAAUGUCUUAGUUAGAGGUUUGAAUAUGACCGAGUUUGUAAAAACGAUGAAGAUAAAAAA